GCAAAUAAAUAAUCUACUUAUUGAUUGCUUUUUUAACUUUUAUUCAACUGAAUUUAUUUUGUGUUGAUAUCUAUCUGUAUUGUGAUAGUGCAUUUAUUGAGAGUAGCAGUAAAAUUCCGCCAGUUUUACUGAUUAACAUUUUUGUUGAAAGUUCAUAUCUCAUUAUUGUGCUUGAACACAUUUCUAGAUUUCAGCAAUUUCCCUAGAUUAAGAAAUUUAUAAGUUUAUUUCAAUUUCAGUUUACAAUUAAGCCAUCUAGCUUAUAGAAUGCAGCAUUAUUGCAAUCCCUUUCAUCAACUGCCAUUCUUCAUUCACUUUACCGAUAAAACAAACUUGUGCCUUGGUCUCUGGAAAUUUGUUCGAUAUAAAUGUUUAUUAGGGACCCGGUCCGAGCAAAGACAGAUUUAAAGCUUUUUCUUUUCACCAGGUUUUUACAGUCCGGGCGAAAUCUAUAGCUUCCUUAAAGUAAUAAAUGUAAUUAUCAUCCCAUUGCAUAAGUUAUUUCAUGUUUUCAUUUUUAUUAAAAUAUCCCGUCGUUACCCUACUUUAUCAUUUCUGUAUGUAUUGUAUUCAAUCCAGUAAAUAACUAAAGAUAGUAAGUAUGGGUAGCGCUCAGAUAUAUUAAGUUUAUACCAGUUAUUCGUAUAUGGAAUUCUCAAAUGUCUUUCCGAUUUCUAAAUAUAACUUUGUUUAUUAUUUCAUUUUAGAUGAAUGAUCAUCCAUCAGAACCUCUUGAAGGAGACAGUUUGGACAAAUUAAAUAAUAUUGAUUUAGGUCACUCUCCAGAUAAUUGGUCUGAUUGGUUUUCCUAUAUGUCUUUAAAGUUCGUAUUAUAUGUAGCUAAAAGCCCGUGGGAAUUUCUUACAUCAAUAUUAAUAAUCCUCACACCUCUCAUGAUAAUUUGUGCUUAUUGUUCAUAUAAGUUGGCUAAAGAAUUAAAACGUCAAGAAGAAGCAAGUCAAAGUGGAUUAAGUAUGGGGAAACUUUAUUAA